AUUAAGCAAGUAGCCUCGACGGGUAUAAAAAUAGUAACUUCGUCAAUUGAAUGUUGGCCGACUGUAAAACCAACUAAUUCCAUUGCGAGAAUUUUGGUCAAGUCGGCGAUAAGAUGCGAUAACAAGAGAUGGCUUAACUCUUGUCAGUUGUGUACGGUUUGUUACAGAGAGAUGUCGCUACGUAAAUUAAAUUCGUCCCGGUGUAUCUUCAAUGCCGCCAAAAGACUUUUCUCUGACAAAUCCUCGAGUAAAGUGUUAUUCAAUUGGGAAGAUCCUCUUAAUUUAGAAUCACAAUUAACCGAUGAGGAAAAAAGUGUGAGGGAUUCUUUUCGGGCGUAUUGCCAGGAAAAACUGCAACCACGCAUAAUCCAAGCCAAUCGAAAUGAAACCUUUGACCGCGAAAUUAUGGCGGAAAUGGGCGCCUUGGGUGUGCUCGGAUGCACGAUAAAAGAAUACGGCUGUGCGGGAAUUUCAAAUGUAGGCUACGGCCUCCUCACUCGAGAGGUCGAAAGGGUUGACAGUGCCUACAGAUCAGCAGUCAGCGUCCAGUCAUCACUCGUAAUGGGCGCAAUCUAUUACUUCGGGUCAAAAGAACAGAAAGAAGAGUAUUUGCCCAAACUCGCGAAAGGAGAAAUCAUCGGUUGUUUCGGGCUGACGGAACCCAACCAUGGUAGCGACCCAAGUUCGAUGGAAACGCGCGCUAAGUUCAACUCAUCCUCGAAGACGUACACCCUGAACGGUAGCAAAACCUGGAUUACGAACGCGCCACUUGCCGACGUUUUAAUUAUUUGGGGCAAAAACGACGACGGGAAAAUCCGCGGUUUUCUAAUCGACAGGAAAAAGCACGGGAAGGGGUUAGACACCCCUAAAAUCCAGGGGAAGUUCUCGCUCCGCGCCUCCACCACGGGCAUGAUCCUAAUGGACGGGGUGGAAAUCCCCGAAAGCAACAUUUUGCCGAACGUUGAGGGGCUCAAAGGGCCGUUCUCGUGCCUGAACAACGCCCGCUACGGCAUUGCCUGGGGGGCCCUGGGGGCCGCCGAGUCGUGUCUCCACAUCGCCCGGAACUACACCCUCGAAAGGAAGCAGUUCGGGCGCCCCCUGGCCGCCAACCAACUCAUGCAAAAAAAAUUCGCGGACAUGAUUACCGACAUUUCGCUCGGGCUGCAAGGGUGCCUCCAAGUCGGGCGCUUGAUGGAUAAAAAAUUACACACGCCUGAGAUGAUUUCGCUCCUGAAGAGAAACAACGCGGGGAAAGCUUUGGUAAUCGCGAGGGUCGCAAGGGACAUGUUGGGCGGAAACGGAAUUCACGACGAGUACCACAUCAUCCGACAUGUAAUGAAUUUGGAGUCGGUCAACACGUACGAAGGUACCCACGACAUCCAUGCCUUGAUUUUGGGACGCACCGUCACGGGAAUAUCCGCUUUUUAAUCAUUUUGUACCAAUGAAUGAAAUAAAUCUUUGCUCUUGA